GAGCGCACAUGUUGGAUCGACAAAUAACUUUGAGGCUUUUGCAGCUUUUACUGCUGAUGAAAGGUUCCUUUAGAGGUUCCUCUGAAGGUUCCCCCUUAAAGGGUCCUUGUGGGGAACACGAGGAGCUCGCCUGUAUGCCCUGUACCCAGCCUAAAUGUUCCUAUCCCUAUGUCGAUGAACCACUCUGCAUUUUCUUUAAAAUAUGCCACUUAGGAUGUGGCUGCAAAUUUGGAUACAUACGCGAUGAUCUCAGUAAUCAAUGUAUUCCUAACUACGAGUGCAAAAUUCCAGUGCGUCAGCUGAAUGUUCCGAUUUUAUAGAUUAUUUUUAAGGAUUAAACAAAGGGGGAUUACUAAUAAUCGGUGACAAGUAAUUAAAUCAUAAUUGAUAUGUGGAUUUCAAGCUAAUUCUUCAAAUUUUGUGUUGCUUAAGUUAAGUGAAAAACUUAGUGUAUUUUUGUGUUUUGACAGUGUGUUUGCUCUAAAUAUGAACUUCUAAAUGUAAGCAA